AUGCGAGCAUCGUUCCUACCAGUAGCCUUUCUCUUUCUUUCUGCGCUUUCCGUGAAUGCGCAGACAUUCACCACCACUAAUCCGCUUGGUUUCACGGUCGUCGAAGUCCUCACACUGGACCCUCUGGGUCUACCAACAACUGAGAUACUGUCAACUGUCUCGUCCUCAUCCGCUCUAACUUCCUCAACUCCUUCCUCCUCCUCAUCGAGUCUCUCAUCCAGCUCCAGCAGUUCAACACCGUCGAGUACUACCGUUGCAACGCCAACGGCGACGGCAACGACAACUCCAGGAGCAGUUCAACAAGGACCGAUUGAGCAAUCACCCACGAACGAAGGUCCAGCAGGCCCAACGCAGUACACAUACACAACCACAAAUGCUGCGGGCGAAACCAUCGCGGUUCCUGCCGUAUUCACACCGACGUUCUCUCCAACCACCCUCCCUAACCCAACUACGAGCGGAUCUGUCCUGCAGUACAGUGCCUGGCUGUCCAUGAUCGGCACCCACACCGUCCCGGCGAACAGUGCGAUGACGCGGUGGAGUCUGGAGCGCACAUGGUAUGGCGUUGCAGCUGGGACUCUCGUCGGCGUUGUUGGUGGUGCGCUGCUAGUGCUUGCUUGA